UUGAAUGCUAGAACCUCUGCGAGAACCAAAACCCUAAAGCAAUAGCGGCGAUCUCACAGGUCGCCUGUAAUAUCCACCGACGCAAACUCCUUAAUCUCACAGUUCUCUUCUUCUCCAAAGUAUCGAAAUCAUGGAAGGAAAAGGAACUUCUAGAGAUCUUCUGGAAUUGGAAGACAAGAACCUAUCUUCUUCUUCUUCAUCUGCUUUAGAGUCGGCACUCUUGGUCUGUAAGGGGAAGAAGAAGAAUAAGAAUGUGAAGAAGAUGGAGGAGGCUCCAUCGAAGCCAACGAUUGCUCCAGUUCCCAGAAGCGAAUUUCUUGACAAAGUGAAAGGAUUCAUAGGGAUCAUGGCGGAAGCUAACAAACGGUUGGAGCAAGAAGCAGAAGGAAACUCGGAAGCUUUUGAUAUCGAAGCACUUACGGGAAACGAAUCUCAAGUUAUCGAAAUGGAUUUGAUGCUCGGUGUCGCUGAUCUCAACACACCUGAAGCAGUCAAUGCAGCUGAGGCAGCUAUUGCCGGCAAUGGUCUUGCAGCUGAAAGUGGUGACUCCAGCAGCGAUGAGAGUGAUGACGACGACGACGAGGAGAAGAAGAGCUCUUCCGGUGAGGAAGGUAGCAGAAAACGAACCAAGAUCAUUGAGCUUUCAUAAAAAGAUGUUUCUUUUCUCAAAUUUCAAUAUUUUACUUUGUAUGAAUAUGAAAUAUUUUGCCUAAUGUUAUUGUUGAGAAUACUACAAUGCAUCACUUGUGACAU